AUGGGCCAACAGGAUUUCAAUGUACGACCAACAGUUAACUCAACAAGAUAUCCAGAUUAUAAAAUAAUCUAUAACUUUCCUUAUGUUUUACAUGCUUCCUUAUUAAAUAUAAUGAAGCGUAAUUUCUUGCUUUUUAUGGGAGCAAGUAUUCCAAUAACUGUAAUUCUACAAAUGCUAGGUUACAUAACAGUGAAGACUGGUAUAAGUUUUAUAGCAUCUGGUUUUGUGGUACUUGGUCCAUUGCAGCUCAUUUGCUUAUUUUGCAAUAAUUCGAUUGGAGCUAUAUACCUUAAAGAUAAUAAAAAUGUUAUAAUAUCGUAUUUAAAUUAUUGGGGUAAGAGAGUAGAUUUAUCAACUGAUGUUGAUGAUAUCAUUGUUGGAAGUACUGUUCCAAGUACUGUUCCUUUAUAUAAAAUGAUACACAUGAAAUCAUGCAAAGCAAAGUUAAAAUUACAUACGAAAUAUGGGAAAAUCAUUGAAGAAUCAAAUUAUCAUGAUAUUUUUGAUAAUUUUAAGUAA